AUGCUUAUUGAAUACGAUAAGAUUCGCACGCCGCUGGGCACCGUUUCCCAAACUGUUGCGGACUGGAGCCACUAUUUCGCGUUGGAAAAUUCGCAGGGCUGGCACAAAGUUUGGGAUGCCCUGGGUCUGGACAUGGGGCAGGUGGCAACCGACCGCCGCUCCAUAUGUUUAGAGCGUGCCCCGCUAUCGAUCCGUAAACAGGGCGCCGCGAGCCUCUCGACCCCGCCCGUGAUAACGCGCCGA